GUGUUCUGUUUUUCAAUGACAUCACGCAGCUGAACGAAGAAUAACAAAACCAAAUCAAGCAGCGCACAACUCUCUCUCUCUCUCUCUCUCUGCGAUGGCUCUUUCACUGUCGCGGCUUCGUCACCCUCUCAUCUCUCGCUCCCUUCGCCUCCUUUCCUCUUCCUCUUCCGUUUCCAGAUCCCUCUCUCGAACUUCUAAGUCAGGGAUUUUCUCUGUGGGUUGUGAUGAGCAUCAAAGGCUUACAUCUUUGUCUAGGCUUACAGGAGUCUGUGAUAAUUCUUUAAAGCCAAAGUGGUUUGGUAUCAGAUACUUCUCAUCUGCAGACUCAUCACACAUAGUCAUUGGGAUGCCUGCUUUAUCUCCUACAAUGACCCAAGGUAACAUUGCAAAAUGGAGAAAGAAAGAAGGAGAUAAGAUAGAAGUUGGUGAUAUACUAUGUGAAAUUGAAACCGACAAGGCUACACUUGAAUUUGAAAGUCUUGAAGAAGGAUUUCUUGCUAAGAUAUUGGUACCUGAUGGUUCAAAGGAUGUGCCAGUUGGACAACCAAUUGCAAUAACAGUUGAGGAUCAAGAUGAUAUUAAAAAUGUCCCUGCUUCUGUGGGAAGUGGGACUGAGGUUAAAGAGAAGAAACCAAUACAUCAGGAUGACUCCGCUGAGGAAAGGAAACCAGAACCAACGUCCACUGACAUUAAUGCAUCAGAACUUCCACCUCAUAUCCUUCUUGAAAUGCCGGCUUUGUCCCCAACAAUGAACCAAGGCAACAUUGCUAAAUGGAGGAAAAAAGAAGGCGACAAGAUUGAAGUGGGUGACAUAUUAUGUGAGAUAGAGACAGACAAAGCUACCCUUGAAUUUGAAAGUAUGGAGGAAGGAUACUUGGCUAAGAUACUUGCACCAGAAGGUUCAAAAGAAGUGGCAGUUGGACAACCUAUUGCAAUAACAGUUGAAGAUGCAGGUGAUAUUGAAGCUGUAAAGAAUUCUAGUGGUGGCAGAUCUGCAAGCAAAAAUGAGCAGACCACCAAACAUGAUACUAAAACUGAGGUGAAACCACAGAAAACUAGUUCAAAAAGAAUUAGCCCAGCUGCAAAGUUGCUAAUUUCGGAAUAUGGAUUGGAUCCAUCGACAAUAAAUGCCUCUGGUCCACAUGGCACUUUACUGAAAGGGGAUGUUCUGUCUGCAAUUAAAUCAGGAAAAUUGACUCCAAAACCUUAUUCAGCUAAAGAGAAGGCAUCACCAUCUCAAAGUCAUCAACAAUCUGCAGCUUCACCAGAGUCAAAGUCUGCUUCUGCCUCAAAGCAGUCAGAUGCAUAUGAAGAUCUUCCCAAUAGUCAAAUUCGCAAGGUUAUUGCAAAGAGGUUGUUGGAAUCAAAACAAAACACACCACACUUGUAUUUAUCAUCAGAUGUUACUUUGGAUCCUCUUCUCUCCCUUAGAAAAGAUCUUAAAGAGCAGUAUGAUGUUAAAGUUUCGGUGAAUGACAUUAUUAUCAAAGUUGUAGCAGCUGCUCUCAGAAAUGUCCCAGAAGCAAAUGCGUACUGGGAUGCUGAAAAGGGUGAAGUUGUUUUAUGUGAUUCUGUUGACAUAUCUAUAGCGGUUGCCACUGAGAAGGGCUUGAUGACUCCAAUAAUAAGAAAUGCUGAUCAUAAGACAAUAUCUGCCAUCUCGUCUGAGGUCAAGGAACUAGCAGCAAAGGCACGUGAUGGCAAGUUGAAGCCACAAGAAUUCCAAGGGGGUACUUUUAGCAUUUCAAACUUAGGAAUGUAUCCUGUGGAUAAAUUCUGUGCUAUUAUAAACCCCCCACAGGCUUGCAUUCUUGCUGUAGGGAGGGGCAACAAAGUUGUGGAACCAAUAAUUGGAUCUGAUGGAAUUGAGAAGCCAGCAGUCGUCAAUAAGUUGAACUUAACAUUAUCGGCUGAUCAUCGUGUUUUUGAUGGCAAAGUUGGAGGUGCAUUUCUCUCUGCUUUGAAAUCAAACUUCAGUGAUAUAAGAAGGCUUCUUUUAUAAAUUACACACAACAAACUUUCCUUGAUUGAUUGAUUGGAGUUAUGACCAAUCGAUAUGGAUGCAGAGCCUGGCCCGAACUUGCAUAGCAUCCCCAUUUUUUUCUUUUGUCCUUUACAAUUUUAUUUCCUCAUCUGAAACAGUUUUUGGUGGUUAUGCCAUAUCAUUCUCUGUUAAAUAAUAUCUUAGGUCUAAUUCCUGAGAAUAAUACAGGUUGAGGUUCUAACAGUGAGAGGUUUCCAACAAUUGAGUUUGAGCAUGUUGGUAAUUUUGUUCACUAAGCCAAUUUGGUGAUGUUCAAUUUUGUAUAAACAUCUAUGUAAAAAUGGCCAUGCAAUAGUAACAUUUAGAUGAAUAAAGAUUCCUUUCAGGUGCUGAAUGAAAA